GAAAAGUGAGCUGGCGGUCACACUGGGAUCGGCAAUGGUGAUGUGUAAUAAACCAAAGUGUUGCUGAUAUUUAAAAUAGAAUAACACAGGGCUAAAUUCGAUUAAAAUAAACCACUAAGAAAGCAAAAAGCGGAGCGAAGACAAGGCCAAGAUGAACUACAAUCCAAACGCGGGUAUGAGGAAUCGUAAGUGGGAAAAUUCACAAGGCGGCGGCCGAGCGCGUCCCAUUAAGCGUGUCAGCGAUGUCAAUGCCAUGGGGCCAUCUGCACCGAUGCCCACCGGUUCCGCUUUCAUGCAACCCACAGCUGCACCCACAAUGUUCGAUCCCAAUUUGUACGGCGGACCGGCGCCUCAAACCAACAGCUAUGGGGGUUAUAAUGCUGUCCCUACGAUGGCACCACAAGCGGCAGCUGCCCCAACACAGCCACAAAACUUUGGCUACACAGCAGCGCCGCAGCCACAAGUUCCAGGAGCGCAGCCAUCAGCUUCGUAUGGUGUUCCUCAGCAGCCAACACCUUAUGGAGUAGCACCACCAAACGCUGCAGGAGCAGCAGCUCCUGGUCAAUAUCCACAGUUUGCCAUGUUGCAGCAGCCGAUUGUGCAGGACAUGGCCAUGCAAUAUGGCCAACGGCUAGCGGAUCAAGGCAAGCAACUGGUGGAGAAUCAGUUCGAGAAAUGGGUUCCAGUGGCAAAGCUAAAGUACUAUUUUGCUGUGGACAAUGCUUAUGUGGGUCGGAAGCUGCGAUUGCUCUUCUUUCCCUUUAUACACAGGGACUGGUCUUUGAAGUACGAUCAGGAGCAUCCAGUGCAACCACGCUACGAUAUUAAUGCACCCGAUCUCUAUAUACCGACGAUGGGCUAUAUUACUUAUGUCAUUGUGGCCGGCCUGCUGUUGGGCAUGCAGAAUCGCUUCUCACCCGAACAGUUAGGCAUCCAGGCCUCCAGUGCUUUGGCGUACAGCAUUUUUGAACUUGUCGUCUAUUCGAUAUCGUUGUAUGUGAUGAAUGUGAAGACGAGUCUUAAGACAUUGGAUUUGAUUGCAUUUACGGGCUAUAAAUAUGUCAAUAUCGUUGUCUGUCUGCUGCUGAGCACGCUCUUCUUCAGAUCUGGUUAUUAUAUAGCAUUAGCGUAUACCAGCAUCGCCUUUGGCUUCUUUCUGCUGCGCACGCUACGCACAAAGUUGUUGCAGGAUAAUUCGCCAGCAGCUCCCAGCGGUGGCAUCAACUAUGAUCCUUAUGGGAAUCCGCAGCAAUUCGAUUAUAGCGGCGGACGGAAGCGAAAGCUGUAUUUCCUAUUCAUUGUGGUUGCCGGCCAAGUGCUGUUCACCUUCCUGCUCUCCAAGCACUUGUAUCUGCCCAUUGCGGCGGAUGCAUUGGCGGCGCUAAAGGCGCUCUAAGAAAACAAGAGAACGAAAUCCUUAGUGUAAUAUUUUUUUUUUGGCGAAACUCAUUGAAUUAACAACCGCUGGGGCAAAUGAUAUAUGUUACAUAUAAACAGCUAAUCCGUAAAUAUACCUAUAU